AUGCCAGGAAACAUGCUCAGUGAGCUGAAGCUGGGCCAACCUCGAGAUCUGACACCAUCAACCUGCACACCUAGAAAUGCGGCCACAGGACAACCUCCUAAGCCACGCAUACGGAGAUCAACCAAACGCCCUCGUCGGUCAUGUCCGGGGAUGCAGACGUAUCGAACGAAGCCACCUAACGAAAGUGGUGAUCCCGACCACUCAGACGAUCAAGAUUACGUUGACCGACCACAACAUGAAGACGACCGACCCCGUCGCACAAACAGACCAAAACAUCAGCCCAUCACAGAUAGUAAUUCAGUGAAACCGGAAGCGGAUAUCGUGAUCAAAAUUGGAAGCCUGUCACUUCCAGACUUGAAGACUGGUCAGCGAGGAGUCCUCACUUGCGAGUUCUUUUCGUCACAGAUUAUGUGUUCCUUCUCGUGGACAUCACUCGGACGCUGGAGAGGCAAGCACAGGAAGAAGUGGACUGAGGAGGAGAAUUUUCGGUUGAAGUGGCUAAGAGAAGAGGAAAAUCUGCCAUGGUCGCAAAUAAAAAAGCACUUCCCGGACCGGACGGCGGGUGCAAUCCAGGUUCAAUACUCUACCGCGCUCAAGGCUUCAGCCUCAACGUCGUCCGGUAUGACUCCAAAUGAUGAGGCCGAUCGGAAUACUACCUUCUCGCCAAAUCGUAGGCAGUAUUCUCGUCGGCCCCGGCGAGCUGUGGAACGUUAUUCGCCGUAGGCAUUUUGUGAUCGAAGUAUUUGAUAGAAUUGAGCCAUGGAGUUU